GGAAGCCGCCGCCGAGCCAUGGACGCCAACACGCGGGCUUCGGAGGUCCGCUGUGGCGGCAGCCAACGCACAGCGGGGCCUUGGACGAGUUCCCGCGCCUUGCGGUCAUCGUUCCCGUCUCUCCUCUGUUUUCUUUUGUUGUUGCUGGCGGCGCCCUGCGUUUGGGCGGCGGGAUACGAGACAUGCCCCACAGUACAGCCGAACAUGCUCAAUGUGCAUCUGGUGGCCCACACACAUGACGACGUGGGCUGGCUCAAAACGGUGGACCAGUACUACUAUGGCACCAAGGGAAACAUCCAGCAUGCCAGUGUGCAGUGUAUCCUGGACUCAGUCAUCCCUGCCCUGCUGGCAGAUCCCACCCGCCGCUUCAUCUAUGUGGAGAUAGCCUUCUUCUCUCGUUGGUGGCAUCAGCAGACAAAUUCAACACAGGAAGUGGUGCGGGACCUGGUGCGCCAGGGUCGCCUAGAGUUUGCUAACGGUGGAUGGGUGAUGAACGAUGAAGCGACCACCCACUACGGCGCCAUUGUGGACCAGAUGACACUUGGGCUGCGCUUCCUGGAAGACACAUUUGGCAACGACGGGCGCCCCCGUGUGGCCUGGCACAUAGAUCCUUUUGGCCACUCCAGGGAGCAGGCCUCGCUGUUUUCCCAGAUGGGCUUUGAUGGCUUCUUCUUCGGGCGCCUUGAUUAUCAAGAUAAACUGGAGCGGGAGAAGAAGCUGGAGAUGGAAUAUAUGUGGCAGGCCAGCACCAGCCUGACGCCCCCAAUUGCCAACCUCUUCACUGGUGUGCUUCCCAAUAAUUAUGAGCCACCAAAGAAUCUAUGCUGGGACAUACUGUGUACUGACAAUCCCAUCGUAGAGGACCCCCAAAGCCCUGAGUACAACGCCAAGGAACUGGUCAAUUACUUCCUGCGUAUGGCCACUUCUCAGGCCCAGAAAUACCGCACCAACCACACCAUGAUGACCAUGGGCUCGGAUUUCCAAUAUCAGAAUGCCAACAUGUGGUUCAAGAAUCUUGACAAACUCAUCCGGCUGGUCAAUGCCCAGCAGCAGGCAAACGGGAGCCGAGUCAAUGUUCUCUACUCCACCCCUGCUUGUUACCUCUGGGAGCUGAACAAGGCCAACCUCACCUGGUCGGAGAAACAUGACGAUUUCUUCCCUUAUGCGGACGGCCCCCACAUGUUCUGGACCGGCUAUUUUUCCAGCCGGCCAGCCCUCAAACGCUAUGAACGCCUCAGCUACAACUUCCUGCAGGUGUGCAACCAGCUGGAAGCACUGGUGGGUCCGGCGGCCAACGUGGGACCCUAUGGCUCAGGAGACAGUGCACCCCUCAAUGAGGCGAUGGCAGUGCUCCAGCAUCACGACGCUGUCACCGGCACCUGCAAGCAGCACGUGGCGGACGACUAUGCGCGCCAACUAGCGGCCGGCUGGGAGCCUUGCGAGGUUCUCCUGAGCAAUGCUCUGGCAAGGCUCAGUGGUUCCAAGGAAGACUUCACAUUCUGUCGCGACCUUAACAUCAGCAGAUGCCAGCUCAGCCAGACCUCCUCGUCGUUCCAGGUCACUAUUUAUAACCCCCUGGGGCGGAAGGUGGACUGGAUGGUGCGGCUGCCGGUCAGCAAAGGUGUUUUCCUUGUGAGAGACCCCCAAGGCAGGACUGUGGAUAACAAUGUGGUGAUACUUCCCAGCACAGACAGGCAAAUGGACCAUUCAGAGCUACUAUUCUCAGCCUCAGUGCCUGCUCUGGGCUUUAGCACCUAUUCAGUAACCAAGAUGACCAACGGGAAGCUCCAGACCCGUGCCCCAAGGCGCAGGCCCAAGAAGUCCUCGUUUAAUGUCUUGGCCAUUGAAAAUGAGCACAUCCGGGCAACGUUCAACCCUAAAACGGGGCUCUUGAUGGAGAUUGAGAACCUGGACAAGAAACUGCUACUGCCUGUUCAGCAGGCCUUCUUCUCGUACUUCGCUAGUAGGGGCGACAGGCUGAGUGACCAGGUUUCAGGUGCUUACAUCUUCAGACCCAACCAGUCGCAACCACUGCCUGUGAGACGCUGGGCUCAGAUCCGUGUGGUGAAGACAGACUUGGUGCAGGAGGUGCACCAGAACUUCUCAGCCUGGUGUUCCCAGGUGGUUCGCCUGUACCCAGGACAGCAGCAUCUAGAGUUGGAGUGGACAGUAGGGCCAAUACCUGUGAUCGAUUCCUGGGGGAAGGAGGUCAUUAGCCGCUUUGACACACCACUAAAGACAAAUGAACGUUUCUACACAGACAGCAAUGGCCGGGAAAUCCUGGAGAGGAGGCGGAAUUAUCGACCCACCUGGAACCUGAACCAGACGGAGGAGGUGGCAGGAAACUACUACCCAGUGAACAGCCGGAUUUAUAUCACGGAUGGGCAAGUGCAGCUGACAGUGCUGACUGACCGCUCCCAGGGGGGCAGCAGUGUGAGAGAUGGCUCCCUGGAGCUCAUGGUGCACCGAAGGCUGGUGAACGAUGACAGACGUGGCAUAGGGGAGCCACUGAUGGAGUCGGGGUCAGGGGCAUUGGUGCGAGGGCGCCACCUUGUGCUGCUGGACACCUUUCAGGCUGCGGCCUCUGGGCACCGUCUGCUGGCAGAGAAGGUGGUCCUGGCUCCGCAGGUGGUGCUGGCCCCGGGUGGCGGCGUCCCCUACAACCUUGGGGCUGCUCCACGCCUACAGUACUCGGGGCUGCGGAGGGAGCUACCGCCCUCGGUGCAUCUGCUCACGCUGGCCCGCUGGGGCCCUGAGAUGCUGCUGCUGCGCUUGGAACACCAGUUUGCCCUGGGGGAGGAUUCAGGACGCAACCUGAGCUCCCCUGUGACGUUGGACUUGCAGGACAUGUUCUCCGCCUUCACCAUCACCCGCCUGCAGGAGACCACGCUGGCAGCCAACCAGCUCCGGGCCUCUGCCUCCAGGCUCAAAUGGACAUUGAAGUCAGGCCCCACACCCCACUCCACUCCCUAUCUGUUGGAUUCGGCCACUGUCACGCUACAGCCCAUGGAAAUCCGGACCUUCCUGGCCUCAGUUCAGUGGAACAAGAAUGGUUAGACCUGUUGGUAUGACCCCUCGGAGCUUGAGCCCCUUGCUCUCAGGGCAGGGCAGACUUUCCCCUUUCUCUUGCUGCUGCCACCAUUAACAAAAGCUAUUAAAAUGCCACUUCUGAGACAGGUGACAGUGUAA